GAAGAGAUGAUUUCCGUGCGAUAGUGACAAUGAUUUUUUUAUCAGUCACUAAUACCCCUCCGACCAUUCUGACUUGACACGCUGUAAUCGCAAUUCAUAAACAAAACAUGUUUCAUAAAAAAAAACAUUUCGGAACUUUUUACGUCAAUUGGGAAAUAGCCAAUAUUAUAUCCUAGCUUCCUUCGUGUAUUAUUCUGUGUUCACUGUCUACCGAAAAACUUAUUUUUCACAACUCUCCUUCAUCCAUAGAAGUUUUACAGCUUCACCUUUCUUGGGAUCUAAACAUGGCUUGGAAAGCAUGUGCUAGUUUUAUUCGUCUGCUUCCUAUCCUAAUCGCUAUUGUAGCGUUUGUCCCAUAUUCUGUAAGUUCAUCAGGUGGCACAGCGUUCGUCUUUGCACCCAUGCCGAAUCAUCCUAACGUUAUUGCGGAAUCCAUUAUCGGCGUGAUCCUUCAAGCAACUACUGACGAACCAACCACCGUGCACAUAACAGUACCUGGAAGGUCAUUCGAAAGACAACAUACGAUAUCACCCAAUCCUCUGACACUCUCGUUACCAAGAGAUCUAAUUCACCAAACGACGUCAGGUCCCAUUGACUCGACAGUUCACGUCACCUCCGAUAAGGCAAUUACUGUUGUUCAUUAUAAUCUUGAUCCUUCAAACUCGGAUUUGUUCACCGUGAUUCCCUCGGAGUCUUUAGGGCAGGAAUACUUUGUGGCAACAAUGACUUGGGAGAGCAACCCAACGGAAGGCAGCGGUGUCGUGACAUUAUCAGCACUUGCAGAGAUUGUCUCUGUGGAAAUCCAUGUAACAUCUGCAGUGCAAUUUGUUGACGAGACGUUUCAAUCUGGAGAUGUGUUUCGAUACACCCUUCGCCCAUUUCAGACCGUACAGCUCCUUCCACAGUUUACAGCCAUCACUGGAACUAGGAUCAUCACAAACACAUCCAUCGCUGUAAGCGCAGGAUCGAAAUGUGCGAACGUCCCUGCGGGUGUUCAGUACUGCGAUCACAUAGCUGAACAACUGUCCCCGUUCAAAUCAUGGGGAAAGAAGUUCCUGGUGAGCCCUCUUUUUGAUCGGGGCUCGGGUUAUGUUUUCCAGAUUGUAGCAGGUCGCGACCAAACAACUGUUCUUUAUGACAACAUCAUUUUAAGGCUUAACAUGGGGGAAUUUAGGACAGUAGAUAUUCCAUCUCAGACUAUGACGUUCGUCUCUUCCGACAAACCGAUAACAAUCAUGCAAUACGCCAAAGGAAGAACAAGUGACAAAACUACUAAGAGUGACCCUUCAAUGAUUCGGGUUCCACCUAUCGAGCAGUAUGUUAGAGAGGCCAUGGUCCCGGUUUAUGAGUUUUCCAGGGAAUCGACGUAUAUUGACAGCAUUCAUCUCGAGCUAACUGCAGAAUGUGCGCAAAUCGAGAACAUUUCCAUUUUCAAAGACCUACAACCAGUAUCGGUGACCUGGAUAGCCCACUACUCUAUGACAGUACUGAAUGGUACAAUGCUGUGCUCACAAUGGACCGAGGUCAGUGGCGGAUCGUAUCGUCUGCGAAGCGAAGAGAUGACCACCGUUGAAGGGCAUACAUUCUUUCCAAGGUUCCGUGCUGUGGUCUACGGGACUGGCUUUGGUGAAUCUUACCUAUACCGCGCAGGCGCCAGUGAAAGACCUUUGACUUGCAGUGAUGGUCCACUUGGAACAGCCUUAACUGGAGAACAUGAUUGUCCAAUUUUAUUCAACCCUGAAAUGGUAUUCUUAAAAGCAACCAAUCUCACAAUCACUUGGGACACAAGUCCAGAUAACUUUGGUCUCUUCGAAGCAUGUGCAGUCUACAUCACCAGCGGGGAAGGCAUCAGCAUGGUUGUUACCAUAGCAACCCAUCCACCUGUGGUCCUGUCACAACUUCAUCCAUACACCAAAUACACGUUCUACGUAAACUGUACAAACAGCUUAGGGAUCAAAGCGAGGCUGGACUUCCCUGCUCAAACUACUCUCAAAGCUGAACCUCAUCCUCCGACUGAUGUAACGAUUACGGAAGUGACGCAAUCAUCAGCUGUUGCAUCAUGGAAACCACCUCUGGUUACAAAUGGGAAUGGAACAGUCGACGGUUAUCUGGUUUUUGCAGAACUUCAGGAAUGUUUAUCCAGUUCAUGCUUAACAGAGUUGAAAAUUUAUCAUACCAGAGCGGUGAGGGAACACUUAGAACUGGACCCUUUAGCAAAAUACAGAGUUAUCGUCAUAGCCUACAACAAUGACUCAAGAAUACUUCCUCCCGAAGACAUACUCAACAGUUCAAACGUGACAAGCGGGGAAUUCACAACAUUGAAAGCUGAACCGGGUCCUCCGAAUAAUGUAACGAUCAGCGAAGUUACUGAAUCGUCGGCUUUAGUCUCCUGGACACAACCCGUCUUCCACCGCGGACCCAUUGACGGCUACACCGUUUAUGCCAUCCCAGAGAACUGUAUUUCUGUCUCGUGUGAAACCGUGAAAACCAAUGUGGACGCUGACGUCCUAACACAUAAGUUGGUCCUGAGGCCAUACCUGUCAUAUAAAGCCGUGGUAUUAGCAUUUGCUUAUGAGCCACGGAUAUCUGUUCAUACGAAGCUGAAUAGUCUCCUCGCUUACAGUGAGAGUUUUACUACAUUACAAACAGUUCCUAUGAAACCAACGAGACCAGUCAUUAAUGGUGGUGUUACGGAUUACAGUUUUGACAUCAAUGUGCCAAAUUAUCACAAUCCAAACGGACCGAUCAGCUGUCUUGCGGUAAUUGUUGUGCAGCUUUACGAUGAGACAAUGAGUAUUGAUUCCGAUGACAAUGCUUACAGCAUCAACAAUACAAGGGACUUCAACAUUGCUAAGACUCGAAUAGGAACCCCAUUCAGUGUCAUGGUUUUUUCUUCUAUUCCAGCAGACAAUGUAAUCACGGUUGGCUCUCGACACGAAGUUCAUUCUGAAUGCAACACCUUGGGUGAAGCUGCAAGUGAAGACUCCAGAAAGCGACAUGCUACUGUGAGAGGGACAACCCUACACGCCACCAACGGUCCUUUGAAUCCAGACAGCUUUUACUCGUGCUUUAUUCGAGUGUAUUCACCUUCCCAUCAAAAUGGAGAGGUUUAUUUCGCAAAUGGACCGUUCAUAAAGCCGAUUCGACUGAAAGUUCCCGUUAGCGGCACUGUUACGGCUGUAGUCAUCUGCACGGUAGUUGUAGUUCUUCUUGUUAUCUGCGUGAUCGUGGUACUGAUUUGUAAAAGAUAUCGACAGAGAAGGGCUCAUAAUCCCACCUCAGCAUCAGCUGCCUUCACAUUUCGAAGAUGCACGGACGCCUUACCCACUAGUCCACGUGGUACCCGUGGAAAUCAACACUUUGAUCAUGAUUAUACCACUGGGACGACUGCUCCUGAUUAUACCUUGCUUGAUAAGAAGCCGGAUCCUGUGCAACCAUCUAUUUAUCAAAACAUUAAUGAUGAUGUUGUUGAAGGAGAAUAUGAGUUCAUGAUAUACAAAGGGGGCCCCAAGGGUUCUCCUUAAAGGUCAAGUCCACCCCAGAAAAAUGUUUAUUUGAAUAUUAAGAGAAAAAUCAAACUAGCAUAACGCUGAAAAUUUCAUCAAAAUUGGAUGUAAAAUAAGAAAGUUAUGACAUUUUAAACUUUUGCUUAUUUUUCACAUAACAGUUAUAUGCACAACUCAGUGACAUGCAAAUGAGACAGUCGAUGAUGUCCCUCACUCACUAUUUCUUUUGUUUUUUAUUGUGUAAAUUAUACAAUAUUUCAUUUUUUACAGAUUUGACAAUAAGGACCAACUUGACUGAACCAUAGAGUAUUAAAACAAAGCUAAUUCCACAUGUUCAGUAAGGAAUUAAUCUUUGUCUCAUUUGACAAUGAGGAGAAAAUUAGACUAUUUCAUAUUUCAUAUAAUAAAAUACAAAAGAAAUAGUGAGUGGACGAUGUCACCAGAUUCCUCAUUUGCAUACUGACCAGGAUGUGCAUAUUACUGUUUUGUGAAAUCAAGCGAAACUUUAAAAUGUCAUAAAUUUCUUAUUUUACAUCCAAUUUUGAUGAAAUAUUCAGAGUUAUGUUUGUUGGAUUUUUCUCUUUUUAUUCAAAUCAACUUUUUGUUUGGAUGGACAUGUCCUUUAACUGAGAAGAAAGCAAAAUUUAUUGUAAAGUAAUUGUAAACUAAGUCACCAGCAUGUAGUAGUAUAAUUUCCCAUAAUGUCGAUCUGGCGGGUGUUUCAUAGAGCUGAUCGUUACAAAUGACUUUACACGCGCCUGGUUACCCCAGGGGCAGAUCCGGGAUCUCCAAAAGGGGGGGGGCAUUCUUUGUAGGAAAAUUUGAAAACGCCCCCCCCCAAAAAAAAAAAAAAAAAAAAAAAAAAAAUUGACAAGCAAAAAAAAAUUGGCUUUCACAUUUUGGCCUGCGUAAAAUUUAACACCCCCCCCC